GGCUCAGCUCCGAGCUCUGGCCGGAGAUUAUACAAGUUCUAGAAAAGUCCAAAGCCACAGGGCAUUUUAUGGGAGUGAAUCACAGUGCUAACAUCACCGCUAGGUCCUGUAUAAAUACCUAGCGGCGGACAGCCUCACUGCGCUUCAUCCGCUCUGAAGAGGCAAGAUCCACAGGGAGGUUUGUACUGCAUCAGUCACUUGGUAUAUGAUAAACAGUAAGGAUGAAAGUCUUUGGGUCAAUAGUGGGCCUCGCCCUGCUCCUUGUCUCUGCUCAGUGUCUGCUGCCUCCAUCCAAGGACGAUCUAAGCCAGAUUUCCCUCCUUGGGAUGAAGUACCUGGACAAGCAGAUAGAGAAUGCUAUCAGUGGGGUGAAGGAGAUGAAGACCAUGAUGGAGAGGUCUGGAGAGGACCACGAGAAGUUCCUGAGUGCCUUGGAGAAAACUACACAGCAAAAAGAGGAUGCUCUGAAGGCAGCUCAGGAGAUGGAAACUAAGCUGAGUGAGGAGCAGGAGGUGUGUAAUGGCACCAUGCAGUCUCUGUGGGAGGAGUGCAAGCCCUGCCUGAAGAACACCUGUAUCAAGUACUACUCCAGGACCUGCAGUAGUGGCGCCGGACUGGUCGGGAGACAGCUGGAGGAGGUUCUGAACAGGACCUCUCCAUUCUCCAUCUGGAUCAAUGGGGAGAACAUGGAUGUUCUGGAGCGGGAGGACCAGGAGCAGAGCUGGAGGUUCCAGAACCUGGAGGAGCGCUACUCGAAGGUGGCCGAUGGGGUGGACAGCAUCUUCAUGGACAGCAUGAGGGUGUUUGACCACAUGCGCUCCCUCAACCCUCCCAUGUUCCCCAGCCCUUUCCGCAUGCCCAGCAUCUGGGGUCAGGGUGAGAGGGCCAAUGAGAGAGCAGAGAGGGCAAAGGCAGGCGAGGUGCACUCCCGUGUGGUCAGGUCCCCUCUGCAGGACCCAGACUUCCAUGGGUUCCACAACAUGUUCGCUCCCAUGAUGGACAUGGCCUGGAAUAUCUUUGGCUCCAUGGGGCCUGUCAUGGACACAGAUGCUAACUUUGACAUCAACCCCUCAGAGGAUGGGAGUGUGAAUGAGGAUGUUGUUGUGACAAAGCCUUCCGGUAUGACCUGCAGAGAGAUACGUCGCAAUUCUGCUGGCUGCAUUAAACUGCGAGGAGAGUGUGAAAAAUGUGUAGCGAUCCAGGAUAUUGACUGCUCGGGGAAGAAGCCUCUGGCUGGUCCUCUGAAGGAGGAGCUGGAGCAGGCCCUGGCCAUGGCUGAGAAGUUCACCCAGGAGUACAGCAGGCAGCUGAGGAGGUUUGAGGAGCAGAUGUCAAACACCUCCAGCCUGCUGGACCUGUUCAGCAAGCAGUUUGGCUGGGUGUCUGCCCUGGCAAACAACACCGACAGCAAGGAUGGAAUCUUCAAGAUCGAAACAGUCAUGUCCAAGGACACGGAGGACCCUGAAAACCCAGGGGACACCAACGUGUCUGUGCAGCUGUUUGACACCCCUGCCAUGACCUUCAGUGUGCCUGGAGACAUUCCCUGGAACGACCCUAAGUUCUCAGAGGUGGUGGCACAGGAGGCCCUUGACCGCUACAAACAGACCACUGUAGUCGUGAAGUAGACAUCGGAGGGCACCCCACCGUGCAUCGCUAGUCAAAGCAGAAUGUUCAGGAUAAUUUCACAAGUCAACUAUAAGAGAAGAGAAUAGAAGUAAAACCUAUGUCCUCAUCAUUGUUGAUAUUACAAGUUAUUGUAUUGCUAUAUGUUCUGUGUAACUAGAGUUCAUCCUGCUGUAAAAACCUAACUAUAAAAGGCGCACCAAGUUCUGUUGUCGUGAGGAGAAAGAAGAAUAUAGUACUAAUGUUACCCUUGACUAAAACCUGCUCACUGCUCCUCGUUUCAAGUGAAUUGCUACUUUUCCUUUUGUAUUUGUGCUCUUCUGCACAGCAGCUUACUACCAAGCAAUACACAUAAACAAAUGACCUGACAAAAACA